AUGAAGAAGAAGGUACUUCUGAUGGGAAAAAGCGGCUCGGGUAAAACCAGUAUGCGUUCAAUAAUAUUUGCAAACUAUAUAGCAAGGGAUACAACGCGUCUUGGUGCAACUAUCGACGUCGAACAUUCACAUGUACGCUUUUUGGGCAAUCUGGUACUCAAUUUAUGGGAUUGUGGCGGUCAGGAAGGAUUCAUGCAACAAUAUUUUGCAUCACAAAGAGACAAUAUAUUUCGAAAUGUAGAGGUUCUUAUAUAUGUAUUUGAUAUAGAAAGUCGCGACAUGGAACGCGAUGUACACUACUAUCAGUCAUGUUUGGAAGCGUUAUUGCAAAACUCACCAGAUGCAAAAAUCUUUUGUUUGAUACAUAAAAUGGAUUUAGUAGCUGAAGAACAACGAGAAACUUUAUUUAAAGAGCGUGAAGAGGAUCUCAUUCGCUUAUCAAAACCAGGAAAUGUUACUUGCUUCCGCACUAGUAUUUGGGAUGAAACAUUAUACAGAGCUUGGUCCAGCAUAGUCACGAUGCUUAUACCCAACGUGGCAGUGCUCGAGAACUCUCUUACCCACUUCGCUAACGUUAUUGAUGCCGAUGAAGUGUUAUUAUUUGAGAAGGCAACAUUUCUGGUGAUAUCACAUUGCCAAAGUAAAAAGAACCGUGAUUCUCAUCGUUUCGAAAAAGUCUCCAAUAUAAUAAAACAAUUUAAAUUAAGUUGCUCGAAGUUGGGUGCCAAAUUUCAAUCGAUGGAGGUACGCAAUAGCGCCUUUGCUGCAUUCAUAGAUACCUUUACCAGCAACACAUAUGUUAUGGUUGUCAUGUCUGAUCCAACAAUACCUUCUGAAGCGACAUUGGUUAAUAUACGUAAUGCGCGCAAAUCAUUUGAAGAGCUGGAAAAUCCAAACAGUAACGCAGUAAAUCAUCACCAGUAUCACUGAUAUAAAAUGUAGGUGCAAUGCACUACUAAAAUAAUUCAUCAAGAAAUGAUGUGAAAAUGAAGUAAGUGAGCAAAUAUGCACUUUUCAGCAUUUUUUAUGAAUGAAAAAAAGUCAAACAAAAAAUAUUUGAUUUGCAAAACUUUGCGGGAAAUAUGUGUUUAAAUUUGUAUAUAAAGCCAAAGUAAAUGUAAAUUGUUGAAGAAUGAUCUUACAAUGUGUUUUAAAAGGAAAUUUUCUAAAAAAAAAAAAAAUAAAUAUCAAAUAAUA